UAUAUAUAUAUAUUUCUGGUGCCUGGCCCAUUUUUCUGGUUCUCCCCCCACCAUGUCCAUAUUCAAUCCAAUAUUUUCCAUCUGGGUUUUCUCAAUCUUGAUCCUUUUCGUCACUUCCAACUCCACUGUUUCGCUCUGCCCUCACCAAUUCCUCCCCGGAAUCGACCGGAAGUUCGAGCAGAAAACCGACAGGUUCUGGGAGUUUGAAGAGCAAUCCAACAGUUGGGUUGAAGUCGAACUACCGUACGAUCUAAUAUCCUGUAUCAAUGAUAACUGUACUAAAGUUGGCUCAAUCGGUAAGCAUGAUCAUCAGGGGACAAAGCAGGGGAAGACAGAGAAAGUGGAGAGAGAAGCUGAGGAGAGGGAGAGGAAGAAGAAGGAUGACAGUAUUGGUUUGGCGGUUUUGCCCGUCAGGAAGAGAGUUCGUUUGAUUAAGAUGUCGGAGAAUUCGGUUUGGGUGGUAGGGGUAAGUGGGUCAAUUUACGAGAGGUAUUGGAAUGGAGUUCAGUGGGUGAUCGCUCCUCAUGAUUUGCCUGUCUCGGCUGGUCCUGCAAACUCUGUUUUUAUUGUCAAUCAGACCAUUUUUGCUUUAUCUGAAGCUGGGAAUCUCUUUCAGAUGCAGCUGAAUGAAAAUUCGCAGCCGGUUUGGGUAGAUUUCACCCCAACAGACAAUCAGAGCACAAGUAGAGAGGAAGCUCAACAAACUUCUUCUAUCCUGUUAAAGUCCGGAGUUAUUUCAUAUGAUGGGCUGAGACUUUAUUUCUGCACAAAGGAUGGGUCACUGUUAGAACUCAGUGAGAUUGAGCCUCCAAGGUGGGUGACUCAUGGCCGACCUCCCGGCGCAAAUGUUGCAGCAAUAGCUGAUGCUUGUAGCGUUAGAGAAGAAGUGAUCUUCACGAUAAGUUCAAAUGGGGGCCUCUAUGAAUAUGACAGAAACUCAAAGCCAUCAUGGAAGAAGCAUAUAUGGAGAGAAGGAACAGCAGAAAACACUUCUCUGAUACCAUCGACAGGAUGUCCUUUGCAUGGCCUAGGUGGAGCUCAUUCUGUUUCCCUAUUUCUUUUGACUAAGGGUGGGAACUUGGUCGAGAGACGAUUACACCAAAGGAAGUGGAAAUGGAUAGUCCAUGGAAGUCCAGAAGAUCACUUCUUGUCUUCCAUCACACCCGUUUCGCAAGACGAACUAAAUGAGAAAACAUCCCCCUUGUUCCUCUCAACAGCAUCUGGAACACUUUUGGAAUAUAGAGUUGCAAAAUAUGCAGGUUCUGCUCAAGACAACCAAAUUCAAGAGAAUUGGGUGAAUCAUAUGCAUCCCUCACAUGCGAAAGUUGCAAGAGGAAUUUCAGGACAACAAUUUCAAGUUGGGAGAAUAAUUUUCCCUCUGGAUGAUGGUAGGCUUGCAGAACUGCAUGUCCCGGGCCUCGGUGGUGAAACUGUAGGCCCCACUAAUCCGAACAAUGUUCGAAGAAAAGCCUCGUUCCAGUACGUAUGGUCGAUUUUAGAUGCCCCCGAGAGUGAAGGAUGGAAUGGAGAGUAUUGCACGGAAGAGCGCGGCCCUUCAAACUGCAUGCUGGGGAUAAAAGAUGAACCAAACGACGUGGAGAUUACAAGAUCAAGAGGGCGGAAGGGAAGCAAAGCACAACAAAAUUACUUAUCUCCCGAUGGAUCAGGUAGUUAUCCGACUGUGCCUUCAGAAGACAAGUAUAACAUGCCAGACAAUUGGAUCAAUACGAACUUCCGUCUACGAGUGAUGCACAGUGGAAGAUCAUUUUUCCUCAUCACCGACAGCGGUUUGACUUUCGAAUACCUAAAUGCUGAAGAUGUAUGGCUUUGGCUGAGGCAUGAGCACUCGACAGCAAUGAGAGGUGCGGUGGGACACUACAAUGGAAGUUUGUUUUUGGUUGAUGAGCAUGGGAGUCUGCUCAUCAGAGAAAGAAGCAACAAUGAAUUAGCAUGGAUAAACUGCACUGGUAUGAGGAAAGGAAGGCAGAUUGUCGGAGGCCCGCCGUGGGAUAAAGUUCCCGGAAGAGCCUUUAAAGUGACAACAGAAGAUGCAAUGUUCUUUGUGAGCAAAACUGGAAGGCUGCUGCAGUUCACAGUUGCAUUGAGGAAGUUCAAAUGGAAAGAUUGCCGGAACCCUCCGAACACCAAAAUUGCCAGUAUAGUGGAUCAGGAAGGUUUCAGGGAAAACAUAGUAUUUGUCAUAGGAAGGAACGGCCGUCUAUAUCAGUAUAACAAAGUGACUGAAAUAUGGCAUGAACACCGCCAGUCUCAGCACUUGGUGCUGUCAAGACUACCUGGAACUGCCAUGAGGCAAUCUUCGCUAGCCCUCACAGGUUCUCUUUUUGUGUUGUCUGAAGAUGGUGGACUUGUUGAAUAUCAUUGGAAUGCCUUGGAUGGGUGGUACUGGGUGGAACAUGGAACACCGCAUCGCAGUGUGACCUUGGUUGGUUCCCCUGGACCAUGCUACAAGGGGAAUCAACUUUUCUUGAUUGGUUCGGAUGGGAAUGUGUAUUUGAGGUACUUGGAUCAGACAACAUGGAAAUGGAAAAACUACGGCUACCCGUAUGUUGGUCAAAUGCAGGUUGAAGAGAAGCUCGGGAAUGAAGGGGUUUGUACCGGUGAGGAUUUUGCUGCUGGAUUCGAGAAAAGUGAAGAGGAGAUGAAUGAUUCCAACACAAACUGUGACUCAAAGGUGGCCCCUAUACGACCGAUUCCCUUCACGGAGGAUUCAGUGAUUUUUGAGCUAAAAGAUGGCAGGUUGGCAGAAAUGCAACACAGUGAGAACAUCGGUUGGGCAUGGAUACGGAUCAUUGGAACUCCAACGAGCUUAUGCGUAGCCCACUUUUGGACUGGUUUGGCAUCUUGAUGCUAAACACAACGGAAUAAUUAGAAGCAGAAGCUGAUACUGAAGCUGUACAGUAUGAAAGAUAUACUUUGAACUAAAAUAGUUCUUCGGUAGUUCUGACCGCCAGCUCAGCAUGUUGAUACGGUGGGUGUUCUGGAACGUUCUGGAACCAAUAGGAGCAGGAGUCGCGUGGGUGGGUGGAGCCGACCAAUAACCGCAUUAGUCAAAUACAGUAGUAUAAAGAGCAACUCAGCAUGAUGAUAUUGUGAGACACCUUUGUCUCAUAGGUGGGCUACAGCUUGAGUACAAGGGAUAUAAUCAACAGAUGCCCGCGAGCUAUUAUCAACUUGAGAUUGAGCUUUUGAGCCGUGUUUGAAGGAGCCAGUGGUGCAGGUUGGUAGGCCAGUUACAGAUAUGGUCCUAGAGCACUAAUAAGAGCACUAGCGACGAUGAUGUAAAGCAGAUUUGACUCACCUUGGUUGACUUAGCCGGAGACAUGGCCGGCCCCAAUUAUCCUCCAUCUCCUUCAUUGGUUGGGAGCACCACGGAAUUGUAUAAGUUGGUGAGGGUUUGAAGAACAAGAGGGCAAGAAAUGAGCCAUUAGAUUAGCACAGCUUUUAUAGUGUUAAUGUAACAGAGCAAAUGUCAACUAUUCAUGAACACAUCAGUGCAAAGAAAUUUUCCUUUCGAUGUUGUUUC